AUGGCAUCAUCAGUCUGCGUACCAAACUAUGAUCAUCAGAAUGGUAGAUGGCAGACGGCGGCGGCGGCGGCGGGGAUGGGUGAAGUGCGCGGCGGCGGAAGGUGGCAGCCGCCUAUGGUGGUGGACAGCGUGUCGUGCAGGCAGUUGUACCUUAGGAGCGCUUACACGUUCUCAAAGAAAGAAAGCGUGCCGGAGAAAACAAUAAAGUGCUUCGGAAUGGUCAGAAAAACGGUGGCUGCUGCAGCCGCCGGGAAAAAGAGCUCGAAAUCUGCGGUGACGGGGUCUCGCCGGAAAAGGAGAUUUCCGGUUGUGGUGAAGAAGUUAUAUGGUUGCGCUGUCUCUACACUCUUUCAGAGGGUGUUGACUUGCACCGCCGGCGUAGAGGUCGUGGAUCACAUGCACUAG